AUGACUGCCGCGUCACGCGCUGCCGCGGUACUUUGUGCAGAAAACAUUGCUCUCAACUACCUUCUGCAUGAAAUCCCCGAGUCACCGAAACGUCAGCCUAUCGAGCAAUUUAAAGGCUCAAAGAAAGGGUACAUACUUCCUUUAUCUAAAGAGAGAGAUUUAGUCGAAACCCUCUCCUUUCUCGCAAAAACCCAAGAUGGCCCAACCUACAUCCCUGCCAUGUGUGUUGAGCAGGACCUUGACGGCGUGGCAUUGAAGGCUCUGUUGGCAAUCAACAAAGAGACAUACACAGAUGGAAGUGAAAAAUUAUUGAGGUUAUGUAAUCGAUUUGAAAGCAUCUUCGAUGUUCUUCGCAAGUCACAAUAUGAACGCGGCAACUCCGUGGAGACUACAGAAGAACUUCUUGUCCGGAUUGUGCAAAUGUGCUCGACUCGUAUUUCUCACAGAUUGCGGUUUACUGGCACAAAGGGUCAAGGCGCCGAAAAGUCCAUCGAAUAUCUUCUGCAGCGGGCAAUUAAAGGAAUCGAGGAAAUAAUUCCCGAGAAACUACUGCAGUCUAACCUCGAAAAAGCAAAGUCAUUGUUCGAAACCGAAUCAAAAAGUGUGAUCCAACUUGUCAAUGAUUGGCAGAAGUAUAGGGUUACACCUCGUCUCAAAGCCAUUGUCGAACAAAUGGAUCGAUUAAACACUGUUCCGGACCUAGGACAACUUCUCGGUCUCAUUCCCACUGGUCCCACUAAAGAGAUUGAUAAUAAAGAAUUUGCCCCUACCCUGCUCGAUAUAAUCCAAAAAGUUGCUCGAUAUCAAGAAGCAGCGAGGAUACUCUACCGCAUUGCCAAGAAAUUCCCUCCUGUCCGAAACAUCAAGAUUGAACCAGCCACUCUUCCUGAAGAGGCUUUCAAACGAGUUCAGCUGACAGCAUACUCUCCGAAUCUUAAAACUGCAAUGGCUCGUCUAGGAAAAAAACAGACUAAACAGCAGGAUCUCUCACGCGUCUUUCGUUUAAAAAAGGGGGACGAAAAGAGGGAUUUCACAAGUGAAUUCGCCAAGCAGGCUAAAAAGACUCUAAAGGAAGCCAAAAUACACGCAGAGAUCCAACUGAUUGCCUAUUGCGAAUUAAAAUCCUCCCCACUGUUCCCACGUGUUAUUGCCUCCAGCAAAGAUGCCUGCUUCUUGUGUGAUCAAUUCAUUCAAUGCCAUGGCAAAAUGCACACUGCGCGAACACAUGGACGAUUGUAUCCUGGCUGGCGGCUCCCAAUGCUGUCAUCUUUCAAGAAGCUGGAGCACCAAUUCAAUCAACGUCUUGCUGAGUUUGCUCGAAAAACCAUUGCGAGCUCUGCGUCCCUCACUGCGUCAACUUCGAGUGCUGCGAGAGAUACUACUAAAGCAACGAAGAGCUCGGCGGCACUCUCCGUAUCGACUUUGAGUGCUGUGAAGGAGUGUGCCAAAACGAAAAGGAGCUCAGUGUCACUCUCCGAAUCAGCUUUGAGUGCUGCGAGAGAUACUACUAAAGCAACGAAGAGCUCUAUAUCACUCCCCACAUCAGCCUUGAGUGUUGUGGAGGAGAAUACGAAAAUAAUAAAGAGUCCAGCAACACUCUCUGCGUCAAAUUUGAGUGCUCUAAAGAACACUACCAGAAUUACAGAGAGCUCAGCAUCACUUUCUGUGUCAAAUUCCAGUGUUGCGAAAGAUAUCGCUAAGAUGACGAGUAACUCGGUGUCUUUAUCCGCUGGUGCCCAAGGAUCUUCAAUUGCCAGCCCUCCUGGCUCAGCUAUAGGCGUGCCUCAACACUCUCAAGUGCUAGAAACAUGUGCUUUGGAACCUCAUAAUCUCUCCACAGAAGUUAGGACUCCGCCAAUCUCGUCGCAAAUCUUUCUAGCUGGCUCUCUGAAUAUACACCUCGAAAUAGAAGAGAGUCCUGAUGCGAGACUCACAGAAAGAGGCCUUGCGGUCUCCAUCGAAAAACUUCAGCUCGAGCAGACUACAGGAUUGCCUUUGGAAUCUCUUGUAGUAGAUGCCUGGGAGCCAGGACUCGAGAUAGAAAAGACAUUUGAGCUUCCACCAGAUGGAACCCUCUACGUCACGGCUCAAAACUGCGCCGUGAAGAUUGUGCUCAACAAAUCGGUCGCUUAUCACAGUCAGCCUACCUUGCAGUCCCACAUGACAAACAGGGACUCAAAUAUUUGA